AUGUCGAGCGAGGGCUCUACACCAGAAAGCCCAUUGUCCCCGGUCAUUCAUGCACCUGGAGUGUACUACAACCCCCGUCUUGACCCGAAGAACUUUUUGGACGGCCCCCUUUCUCUUAACCCGGCUACUCGUCUUCGUCAAAUGCUUGCAAGGCCAGGCAUUGUUGUUGCUCCUGGUAUCUGCGACGGUAUUAGUGCACGUUGUGCGCUAGAAGCUGGCUUCGACUGCUUGUAUCAAAGUGGCGCUGCUACAACAGCUUCGCGUCUCGGCCAGCCCGAUCUUGCCAUUGCCACUCUGAACGACUUCGCAGAAGCCGCUCAAAUGGUCUGCAGCAUUGAUCCGACCGUCCCUGUCAUCGCAGACGCAGACACAGGUUUCGGUGGUCCCGCGAACGUUGCGCGUACAGUGUUCAAGUACCACCGAGCCGGUGUAGCGGGUAUGCACAUCGAGGAUCAGGUACAAACAAAGCGUUGCGGCCACCUUAUGGGUAAACAAGUCGUCUCGCGUGAGGAGUUCCUGACCCGUAUCCGCGCGGCGGUUAUUGCUCGCGACUCGAUUCCCGGCGGCUCGGACUUUGUGGUCAUUGGUCGCACAGACUCAGCGCAGGUCCUUGGCAUGGAAGAAGCUGUCACACGGCUUAAACUUGCUGCUGGUGCUGGUGCGGACGUGUGCUUCAUCGAAGGUGUUAAGACGAAGGAGCUUCUCGAAACAACUGUUGCUGCACUCGCACCCAAGCCUGUCCUCGUAAAUGUCAUCUCCGGUGGUCUCACUCCCUCCUUCACUUGCAAGGAGGCUGAGGAGAUGGGCGCAAAGAUCAUCAUCUUCUCCCUGGUUUCUUGCGUCGCUGCAGUUCACGGUAUCAGAGCUGCAAUGGCUUCCCUCAAAAAGACUGGCACGGACUUCUCGUCUGCACAGGGAAUGGACCCGAAAGCUUUCUUCGAAGUGAUGGGUCUCGACUCUGUUAUCAAACUCGAUGCUGCUGCAGGUGGCAAGGCCUUUGAGCAGGUGUAG